AUGAAGCUUUUUAAACCGAAGUCAUCGUUAAUACUACGCUUUGAAUUUGCAACUAUAAAAAAAGCAAGUAACGAAUAUGUGACGGAAUUUUCACGACGGAUUACAAGAGCUGCUGAAGGAUGCAAAUUCAUGGAUAGAGAUGAUCGAAUGCGCAACCAAUUCAUCACGGGUUUUAACGAUGGUGUUACAAUCAAACGGUUACUACUGGAAUCUGAAGAACUAACUUUUGAAAAGGCUAUAGAAAUAGCUGUUACCCUUGAACGAGUAACCCAGGAAGCUCAACAAUUAGAUGGUUCCGAGAAUGUAAUGAUUGGCGCAACAUCGUUACUUUCACGGACGUCUGGUGCGUCCGGCAUAAACAAAGUUAAAUGUUUCAAUUGUGGAAAACUUGGACAUUUUACAAGGGACUGCAAAGAAAAAUGCAAGACUUGUUCACACGAUCAUCAAGCUAAAAACUGCUUUAAACGAUUGCAAGGUUUAAAAGGAAAAGGGAGAAUCUGGAAAUAA